AUGAUUGUUACCCGGCUCAUGUCAGCUCAAAAAUAUCCUACAAUUGGGAGCGCGUACUAUGCACUUCAAAUAAUUAAAUUGUUUCUUGAAGGUGUUAGUCCAGAUGAUACAUUGAUGGAUCAAAUGAAAUUCUUACUGUACGAUAAGUUUAAAUAUUAUUUCCUGCAGGAUCAACAGCAAUUAGAACUUUUGCAAUUAUCUAGUUGCAAUUCUGGAGUAGUUUGUAGCUUAAGAAUUAUCAACCAUUUUACAUCGUUACCAGGAGCAACGCUUGAACAGGUGGCAGGUGGUGUUGUUUCUGGACUAGAAAAAUGGGACGCACAUCGAAUAACAAAUGCAUUAAAUGUAAUUGGAAAGUUGGAUACACCACAGAAAUUUCAUGAAGCUACAAAUCACAUUUCGAGACAACUAACAAUUAUUUAUAAGUAUCAAUUGGAACAAUGUGUACUGUCGCAGAGAAAAGGCAGUAUCAAAUCAACAUCAUCUGUACAACAAGUUAAAACAACUUGUUGUUCAUGUAUGAAAGCAACGGUGCGUUAA